AUGGAAGAUGCCGAAGUCUUUUUCAACAGCGACCCGCCCGACAUGCAGCGUCUGGCAGAUGUCUUAGAAGCUGUCUUGUCCUCAGAAGAGCCUCAUAAAACCGCGAGAAUGAGCUUGCUGCUUUCAGUUAGUCGGUUUGGUGCUCACAUCUACGAGAGCUACGCAGUACCUGUGCAAACAGCAGAAGUAUGCGAACUCGAAGAGCUGAAACGCAACAAGCUGAAUACUCUCGCAGGCAAAGCUUGGGAAGUGCUUGGACAGUUGGCAGGAGGGGGAUUUGCUUCAACUGGCGUCAUGCCUCCAGUUUUCGCAGUCAAGAAUCUGGAAGAUAUCCGCGGCUUCGUUGGACGAGAUUGCAUCUACAUCCGGCAUGAGCUUGUUCUGGGCUUGCAUGAUGCAGAACCCUGGCGUGAGCUCGAGCUGUUUACGCUUUUGUUGCAUGAAUUUGGACAUUAUGGAAAUCGCAUCAAAAACGACGAUCUCAAUUACCAUUCGCCAUUGAAGAUGAAGCUGACCGAUCCAAUGCGCCAACAUGCUGCAUAUGGCUCAAAUGAACCCAAAGGGCCAGAAUGUGGUUGUGUCGCAGAGCGUUGUGCGUUCUGUUGUCGACCAAAGUUUCGCGGUGUCAGGACGCUGCCGCCAAAAUUACAAGGCUUGUUGAGCUGGCUCCGUGACCGUGGCGAUCGCCCGCAAUUCCCACUAGAUUUGAGAAGCUUGGUGAAAUCACGUGCUGAUCAUGUCUCGGGAUUAGACGUGAUCGAGGAUAGCUGGGAGUGA